CCCCCCCCCCGGCCAUAUACACAGAGCGCGCGAGAGGCGGUUGACCGCGAGUAACCUCGGCGGUUUGGGCCGCCCCGCGCGACCUUUCUCCUGCAUUGGCCGUGACGCGCUUGGGGCCUCCCCCUCCCCCCGCGCCCCCCCCUCCGCGAGAGAGAGAGAGAGAGAGAGAGAGAGAUAGCGGCUGCGGGCCAAGAUGGCGGCGCUGAGCAAGUCCAUCCCUCACAGCUGCUACGAGAUCGGGCACACCUGGCACCCCCACUGCGGACGGGCCUUCGCGGACAUCACCCAGGGGGCGCUGCUCGAAUCCCUCCGCAUAUACGGGACCCUGUACCUGAUUGCUGCAAUUCUCCGGAAACGAAAACUAGAUUAUUAUUUGCACAAACUGCUCCCUGAGAUCCUGCAAUCAACAUCCUUUCUGACAGCAAAUGGAAGUUUGUAUAUUGCAUUUUUCUGCAUUUUAAGGAGGAUACUUGGAAAAUUUUAUUUUUGGACUCCUGGUUUUGGCGCUGCUUUGCCAGCUUCUUAUGUGGCGAUUCUUAUUGAAAGGAAGAGCAGGAGAGGGCUGCUUACAAUUUACAUGGCGAAUUUGGCCACCGAAACUCUAUUUCGCAUGGGGGUGUCAAGAGGAACAAUUACUCCUUUAAGACAUGGAGAGGUCCUUUUGUUCUGCAUUACUGCUGCCCUGUUUAUGUUCUUUUUCAGGUGCAAGGAUGGCUUGAAAGGAUUUACAUUCUCAGCACUAAAAUUCAUUGUAGGGAAGGAGGAAAUUCCCACACAUUCUUUUGCACCGGAAGCAGCCUUUCUAAGGAGAGGGAGAAAAAUAAAGCACAGCGAAGAAAUGACACAGCGAAUGAACAUAGUGGCGGCAACAAAGAAACUUGUGGACAGAGUAUGCAAACAUGGGCCAAGGCACAGAUGCUGUAAGCAUUAUGAAGAUAAUUGCAUCUCAUAUUGUGUUAAAGGCUUCAUUAGGAUGUUUAGCGUUGGUUACUUGAUCCAGUGUUGCCUUCGGAUCCCGUCAGCAUUCCGGCAUCUGUUUACAAAACCUUCCCGGCUGCUCUCGCUCCUCUACAACAAAGAAAAUUUCCAGCUUGGGGCUUUUCUGGGGUCAUUUGUCAGUAUAUACAAAGGUACAAGCUGCUUCCUGCGCUGGAUACGGAACCUGGACGACGAACUGCAUGCACUUAUUGCAGGAUCCUUGGCAGGAAUGUCGAUGAUGUUCUACAAAAGUACUACUAUCUCUAUGUACCUGGCUUCCAAACUAGUAGAGGCCAUGUAUUUCAAAGGCAUUGAAGCUGGAAAGGUCCCUUAUUUUCCCCACGCCGACAGUAUCAUCUACGCUGUGUCCACAGCCAUCUGCUUCCAGGCAGCCGUGAUGGAAGUUCAAAACUUGAGACCUUCAUAUUGGAAAUUUCUAUUACGGCUAACAAGGGGAAGGUUUGCUGUCAUGAACAGGAAAGUUUUGGAUGUGUUUGGUACUGAAGCAUCUAUGCAUUUCAAGGACUUCAUACCUGCGCUCGACCCAAGAUAUACAGUGGCUCCACCAGAGAGGCCAGUUGAACGAUCUUGGUAGUGAGACAUUAGCCUGGGACGAAGUCUGGCUGACGUUUGUGCUGAGAAGUUAAAUUAACUUUAACAGUCAAAUAGACCGAAGAGGGCUUGUGUUCCACUUCAGUAUUGUUUCAGUGAGUUGCGUUAUCUUACCAAUCAAAACGUUGCUGAAGCACCGUAGCGAGAUGCGGCUUUUAAUUCAGCCGCUCACUUAGUAGAAAGUGUCUCUGGAUCACUGUGGCUGAUUGACGCAACCUGGUAGAUUUUUGACAGAAUUAUAUAUCAAUGGAUUAAUAUAUCAAAAAAGAUCGGGCCGGGUGGGUGGGUUAAAGUACGUGAAUGUACUUAAAAUAAAAAAUAACACCAUUUUGAAAACAAUUCAUUUUAAUUCAUUCCGGUAGAUAAUAACGGUAUUUUUACAUUUAGAAAAUGAAAGGGACAUUGGAGAUAUAAUGUCAGAAUUCUAUAAAUUUUAUUUUAAAAGUCAGAUUUUAGUGGGGAAUGUCUUCUCUGUUCUAGAUAGAUGGUUAAAAAAACAACAGCAUUGUUACUGGAAAAUGUUGAAAGAGCCAAUGUCUAGUACCAUAUUUAUGACUGUACUGUUUAUAUCCAGCCUUUGGCUUUGAAAAGUCGAAUU